UUUCUAGUUCAGUUUGUUGUGCAGUAUUUACGUGAAUAUCCGGGAAUUAAUCAUAAAUAUCCCAAAAUGUCUCUCGCUAUGAAGAGACCACUUCCGGAACCGACGCAAACAAUCCAAGAACCGUCUCCGAUCGUUCCGCAGUUGCUCGGUUCAUCGAGCGGCAGCACCGCUUCCGCUCGUAUCUACAAACGUAUCCGCCUAACGGCCCGAAAGAUCAGCGGGACGACCACUUCGAUUCUCGCGUACGUGAACCUGCUGGAAGAUACGACCAACAGCAACGAUGCCCUGCAAGUGCUGAUCAAGAUUUCCGAAGCGAUGCAGUUCGAGGAGAGCGAAUUCCCGGAGGCAGUUCGCAAUCUGGUGGAGCAUUUCCGGAGGGAGCCGGAAUCGGCAGUGAGAGUGAAGAUUCUAUCGCUGUUUGGAGAUUUGGCGACCGAAACCGGAAUCGAUUGUCCGCAGUUGGUGGAUGAGGUGAUUGGACUGCUGAAGGGAGAAACCUCGGCGAAAGUGUUUUCACAGGGAUUACAGGCUUUGGAGAGGAUCGGGAAAGCUUGCACCCCGACGGUGGCGAACGUGAACAAGAUGGUGUUCUUUGCGAAGAGUAAGCUUUUCUCGCCGAGCCAUAACGUUCAGAGACAUGCGAUUCUGCUGCUGGGAGAAUUCGUGCUGGUUUCCGAUGCCGAGAAGGAAAGCUUGGAGUUGAUUGGGAAGUAUACAGAUUCACCAGAUGCGAGGGUAAGGGCGCAGGCUUUCCGGUCGAUGUUGACGCUGGGAGAGAGAGGAGUUGUUCUGCCGCCAUCGCUUUAUGCGAGAGUUUGCAGUGCUUUGACGGAUGAUUACGAAUGCGUUCGACGGGAAGCGCUGCAAAUGGUGUAUCAGCUGGGGGUGAGGCAUCCGGAGCAGGGUAUAAAUAUUCCGGAGUCGGACCAGGAGAUUCGAUUGAUUGAUGAUGCUUUUGGGAAGGUUUGCAGUGCGAUUUGUGAUUUAUCGAUGAAUAUACGGACACAGGCGGCUGAUCUGCUGGGAGGGAUGACGAUGGUUAACGAUGAGUUCCUACAUCAGACGUUGGACAAAAAGUUGAUGAGCAAUAUGCGAAGGAAGAAGAGCUUACACGAGAGGAAUGCGGAUAACUUCACCAGUGGGGAGUGGUCCAGCGGCAAGAAGUGGGCAGAUGACGCUCCUAAAGAGCUGGUUAAUGCAGAUUCGGUAUCGCUGAUGGCGUCUGGAGCUUGUGGGGCGUUGGUGCAGGGAUUGGAGGACGAGUUCUUGGAAGUACGGACGGCUUCGGUGAACUCAAUGUGCAAGUUAGCUUUGAAGAAUCCUCCGUUUGCGGUGACCUCGCUGGAUUUCCUGGUGGACAUGUUCAAUGACGAAAUCGAAGAGGUUCGACUGAGGGCAAUCUACAGUUUGACAGCCAUUUCAAAGCAUAUCAUUCUGCGAGAGGAUCAACUGGAGACAAUGCUGAGUUCCUUGGAGGAUUAUUCGGUGGAAGUUCGUGAAGGACUUCACCUGAUGUUGGGAGCUUGCAAGGUGUCCACCAAGGCGUGUAUGUCUUUGGUGGUUCAAAAAGUACUGGAUGUGCUUCUUAAAUAUCCUGAAGAUCGACUGUCCACCUUUGGAUGUAUGCAACGCGUUGGUCAAAAACAUCCGGAAAUCUGUAUGUCACUCACCCCCCAGCUACUGCAGGAUCAUCCCUUCUUCGACAGUGCCGAGCGUGAUGUCGAAGAUCCUUCGUACAUCUGCAUCCUGAUAAUGCUUUUCAAUGCAGCUCAACAUCUCCCUCCGAUGCUUAGUCUUUUCCCCGAAACGAUAGUCAAGCACUAUGCCUACCUUCGAGACACGAUGCCGAAUUUCGUUCCCCACCUCAAUGUCGGAGGCCAAUCGACUGAACUCGCCUUAACCGGAUCCACUGGAUCCAGGCAGUUUUUGGAAACGCUCCUCAACAACAUUCAACUGGCCUAUUCCGCUCCACAAGCUCGCCAAGCCUUGCUCAAGACAGCCCAAGAAAAUCUUGACCGGCUGGCAGAAAUCGAUCCAUCCUUUUCCGGAACAGCUAACUUCACGGCAGUGUUCCUCGGCACGCAGCUUAUGAUGGAACAGCUCCAGGUCGCUACCACCGGUCAACCCACGAAGGCUCCCCUCAAAGACUGUCUCGGUCAAUUGAUUCGCAAAUGUCUCAAACUGCAAAACCUCUUCUCCAGUCUAACCCUGGAAGAUGAACUCCUGGUGAAGCAGAUGUGUCUCCGAGCCAGCGCCCUCAAUUUGGUCCUGGUGGUAAAAGAUCGCUCCCAGAGUGCUCUCGCACCGUGUCAGCUUCUUCUCCACAUUGCAGCCGAUGCCAGCAACUUUCUGCAAGAGAACAGUUCCCUGUCGGCAGAUUCCUUCACCAGCGCCAUUCUGACGAAACUGGCUUCGAUUGGUGAUCCCCGACCGGGACGGGUGUUUCGUGAAAUUUUACCCGUAGUACAAGCUGCCGCUCCCGUUGUUAUUCCAAGAAUCAACACUAAUAUCAAAAUGUGCAAAGCCCGCAUCCUGGAACCGUCGGAAUCAUCUUUCAACUCGGACAACGUCAUCAAAGUGACGGCCGGGCUGAUUGCUGCCGUGCCGCUGGUGGCCGAGUUGGAAAACCUACAGGAAAGCCAACGACAAGAUCUCCGACUCAAGAUCAAGUAUCCCGACCAGAAUGUUCACGUGAUCGUUCCGAGGAAGAAGGACCUCAAGAAGAUUAUGACCGAACAGGGUGAAAGCCAGUCGCAUUGGCGCCUGCGGACAACGGUGCUGCUGUCGCAUGGCGUAUGGACCGAGGCAUCGCCGGUGGACAUUAGCAUUUGCCUGUCGGUACGGCCCGGUAGUGAGUUGGAACUGUGCAAGCCGGUUAAGGUGCACUUCGCUCCGAAACCGGUCAAGAGGGGUAUUUAAGGGACAGAGUGCUUAGGUAAGUCGUACACAAAUAUAUUAUAAUUCAAUA